UUCCUGUGUCCAUGACUAAUGUGUUCUCUGGAGUGUUCUGGGGGACUGGGGUAACUGUGGAUGCUGUUGCUCUGAGUUGGGAACAGGAUGGCUGGGACAGAAGCAUUUUUAGCUGAUGGCAAUCAGGAGUUACUUCCUUGUGAAGUCUGUGGAAGACGCUUUGCAGCAGAUGUUCUGGAAAGACAUGGACCAAUAUGUAGGAAACUCUUCAACAAAAAGCGUAAACCUUUCAAUUCCUUGAAACAAAGAUUACAAGGCACUGACAUUCUCCUUGUGAGAAAGGCUCCUCAGUCCAAGCCUCAGCCUGUGAGAAGAUCUAACUGGAGACAACAACAUGAAGACUUCAUUAAUGCAAUCCGUUCAGCCAAGCAGUGUACUCUAGCCAUUAAGGAAGGCCGACCCCCCCCACCUCCACCUCCUCCAUCCAUCAACCCAGAUUACACUCAGUGCCCAUACUGUAUGAGGAGGUUUAAUGACACCGCAGCCAGUCGGCACAUUAACUUCUGCAAGGAUCAGUCUUCUCGCCGAGUCUUUGAUGCAGCUCAAACGGCAGCCAAAUUGGCAUCCCGGGUGCAGACUAGGACUCAGAUGAGACCAAAAAAAGAGCCAACGGUAACCAGGGCCGUGGGAGUCUUACUGCAGAACAGGGCCCUGGAAUCCUCGAGUGUGGCCCCAACUAGGCCAGGAUUAGCAGUGGACCCUGCUUCUGGAGCAAAACUCAGACAAGGAUUUACUAAAUCUUCUAAAAAAGAUUAACGCCUAGAGGCCAGACUGUCUCCCUUUAACGUCUCAGCCGGCCUGGCUGUGCACCUGGGAAUGCCACCUAAGGGGACACAGAGGCAGACAGCUGUUUAUAAGCUCAGGAUUCUUCUUGAGACAUCAUGAAGAACAAGGAAAAACCAGAUUCAAAUUUUCUUCUUCUUUACUCCCUUUAAAUUUUUCAGAACCGCAUCAUUAAACAACAUAACAGCCUGCACUGAAA